UUUUGAGCGGACCAGGAGGGCGCUUCAUCCGCUCUGGUUGUUACCCUGCAGCCACCCAGCUCGCGGGACGCAGGCCUUCGCCUGGGUUAUGGAUUUUGAGAAUCUUUUCUCAAGACCCCCCAAUCCGGCCCUCGGCAAAAAACCGGCCACGGACUCUGACGAAAGAAUCGAUGAUGAAAUAGAUGAUACAGAAGUUGAAGAAACACAAGAAGAGAAAAUAAAAUGGGAAGUAAAACUGGAGUGUGAGCAAAUUCCCAAAAAAUUUAGGCACUUUGGAAACUCUACAUCACCGAAGAGUUUACUGCGUAGAAAAUCAAGAAGUAAAGACUAUGAUGUAUGUAGUGAUAAUGAUAUCUGCAGUCCUGUAUCAGAAGAUAGUUUUGCCAAAGAGCUUCAGCAGUACAUACAAGCUAAAGAAAUGGCAAAUGCUGCUCAACCCUUACCAUUUCUUGAAAAAUCCUUGAAGAAAGAGGGAGUAGAAAAUACCCAGCAAGCUGCUAAGCAAAAGAAUAAAAAUCUUAAAUCUGGUCGCAAGAAUGGUAAACAGAAGAAAAUAAAGCGAAAAUGGCCUGACACUGGAAAAAAAGGAUCCAAAGCUUUACAGAGGAACAAAGGCCCACAGGAAGAGGAUGGUAAACCUAAAGAGAAGCAGCAGCAUGUGAGAAUGAGUCAAGGAUUCAUCAACCAACAUACAGUAGAGUGGAAGGGAAAGCAAGUUUGUAAAUAUUUUCUUGAAAGGAAAUGCAUUAAGGGAGACCAGUGUAAAUUUGAUCAUGAUGCAGAGAUAGAGAAGAAAAGGGAAAUGUGUAAGUUUUACGUACAGGGAUAUUGUACCAGAGGCGAAAAUUGUCUGUAUUUGCAUAAUGAAUAUCCUUGCAAGUUUUACCAUACAGGAACAAAGUGUUAUCAGGGAGAAUAUUGCAAGUUUUCACAUGCUCCACUGACUGCUGAAACACAAGAACUGUUGGCUAAAGUUUUGGAUACUGAAAAGAAGUCAUGUAAAUAAAAUAGACAUAAAAAGGGUGAGCAGAAACAGGGCCUCACAUUCUCAGCUCUGCCUCUUCUGCACUUUUAUCUGGACAAUCAUCUCUUUCGUUUGCACCUAAUUUUUUUUGCUGUGCUUAACCGGGAUUCUCCUGCCGCUAGAAUCUCCUCAGUAUUGGGGCUUCAACCUGGAAAGUUUGGCGGGUUCCAGGGGGCAGUCUGCUCUAGCAACUGAAACUUCCUAUUGAAACAGUGAUCCCCACACCUGAGAAAACUGACCUAGAAAGGCUGGUACUGAGACAGAUCCUAGUCACAGGACUGGGUUUUAAAGAAAAAGAAAAAAUUCCUUUGGGCAUCCAGGUUAAAAGACCAAGAUAGUUAUGAUGGAAACAACAGCAUCAGUUCCGACAGAAGACAUAGAGUAACUUAUUUAAGAUACUUAAGGAGAGAAAAAUGUGAGGCAGGUAUUUUAUAUCCAAUCAAACCGGCAUCCAGGAAAAAUGCUGCACACUUUUCGGAAGUGGGAGAACUCAGGGAAUUGCCCCCCGGAGUCCCUCUUGAGGAAGUAACUGGAGAGACAUCAGCACCAGGACCGCAGCAACGCCCACCAAGACGUAAGAGACGCGUCAACCAACCGUACGUCAUAAAAUUAAUUUGGACCCCAAUUCAAACAGUGUUAAAAAUAUGAGACAACUGGGGAAAUUUGUAUCCUAAUUAGAUAUUUGAUGGUAUUAAGGAAUUUGCUGUGUUGAUAAUUACUGGGUUUUAGGUAC